AUCAUCAUCAUUAUUAUUAUCUUUACUACAAGUUCACAUUUGCAGAAGUGUAGUAAACAACUUAGUGAUCAGAAUCCAUGUUUUUACAGGAGUUCUUCAAAAAGGAGGCUGUUUAUAGCUCCAGAUUCGAUGUAAUUUAUAAUUGUUAUAAGCGACUGAUAACUUGUAGAGGAGCAGGAAGAAGGUUACUGCCAGGAGCGACUCAGUCCAUCCUGCAGUGAACGCCCGUUGGCUGGCGAAAAUUCUUUCACUUUCGUCAGACUUCGUCCCUAGUACAGCUGAUGCUCCAUCCGUGAAGCCCACACAACCUUCAGCUUCAAAAAAGGGUUACCAAACUACAACGAGGCCAUACACCUCAUCCCUCCAUCUGUGGUGAACUUCGUGGGAAAUUCAGUGGUGCGACCUUUCACUCCGGGGGCGCACGUGGUCUCGAGUACUUGUAUGGUUGAGGACCUAGUGUGUCUACACGACCUCAAGGAAUCUUCCUACAUCGUGGGAAUACAAGCUUGGACAUCGUGAUUCGUUGUAAAUGGCGAUGAAUAUUUUCAAGAAGUUUACAUGGCUGAGCCUUGUGCUUAUAAUAAUUCUUGGACUAGAGUCUGUUGUUUAUCGCGCCUCUCUCCACAACACGCCAGACUUUUCUACAUUAGAAAAAAACAGUGUAGACAUCUGCUCUACAUGGAGAAAGACCGUCAAACGCGUCCUCACGAGGGUGCCAUGGUGGGGGCGUGCCUGUGAUAUGGAAAGUGACUGGGGAAGAAUAAGGUACAACUGCAAAAACAAAAGAGGAAUGGGAAACUGGCAUGUUUGCUUUGAUGAUAACCUUGUGCCUCAGAACAACUGUUUAGUGUACUCAUUUGGUAUUAACUAUGACUUUCGCUUUGAUGAUGCGAUGGCAGCCAUAGGAUGCACCGUCUACUCCUUUGAUCCCAGCAUGCUGGACACUGAUGACCACAAGCGUGGGGACCGUGUUUUCUUCAAGAGAAUCGGCAUCAGCGAUAAGGACGACGACCAUUUUGUACCCAGAGUCGAUUGGUAUGUUCAACGCCGCCCGGCGGUCAACGGUUGGCCGAUGAGACGUCUGCAGACAAUCCUUGACCUCCUGGGUCACAGAAAGGAGCAGCUGACCGUGCUUAAGAUGGACAUUGAAGGCUAUGAGUGGAACGUCACUCGUGAUCUUCUUGACUCGGCGAUAUUGUCGUCCGUCCCGCAGUUUCUGGUGGAGUGGCACCUGUUUAAGGACUUUCCGCCUCGAGAACGAGUCCCUGAUGCCGUUGAUACGUACUUCCGGCUGAAUGAGAUGGGCUUCCAGCUAUUCUCCACUAGCCAUCCCCGAUAUUACCUUUAUUUAGCAACUUCCUUGGGAAUGCAGGCAGAGGUCGUUAACGAGUGUACGUUGUUGUUGUACAUCGGCUUCCCAUUUUUUGUCACUGGCAGUCGUGGAUUUCAUUCAGUGACAUCUUCAAGAUUUACAUCUCUUAAAUCAUUUAAUCCUAUUUAUUAAA